AUGGCUAAAGCAACAAGAGGACCUCGCAUUCAUCUACCAACUGAUUACAAACACAAAAAAAUUGACACUUUUUGUAGAAAUCUGGCUUCGCAAUCCAAUACUACUCAAGCUUCCUCCCCAACAAGAGAUUUAGAUGAUUGUCAACCAUUGGCAGAUGACAUUCCACUGGAAGAAUGCGAGCAUGAUAAUCAAGUAACAAUGGCUGAGCAACAACUCAUCGACAGUACCAAAUUAUCACCGUGGCUAAAAGCAGCUGUUGAGAAAUUGUGGAAGUUAUCAAUCAGAAACAUCUAUUUGAAACAGCUCUAUAGAGAAUACAAGCUAGGAAGAUUGUUCUUUGAGCUAAAGAAGCAAUGGGUAUUCAAUUUAGAUAUAGAAUCGGUUGAUCCUGUUGUGGAGAGUUGUAAGUUGUGUGGCCACAAACAUGUCAGCAAACAUUUCCACAUUCAACACAAGAAAAAUGGAACAAUCAUCAAAGCAGGCUCAGAAUGUGUAAAGAAGUUUAGAGUUGAUGACUUGUCAAAGGAAGAUUCCUUAAUGGUUAUCAAGCACUUGAUUGGUUCCUUGCCAUAA